AUGGAGUUUGUAACAGCCCUGGUACACCUCCAGGAAGAGUCUAACUGCCCCAUCUGUCUGGACUACUUGAAAGACCCAGUGACUAUAAACUGUGGGCACAACUUCUGUCGCUCCUGCAUCAACAUGAUGUGGAAGGAUCUAGAAGAUACCUUCCCCUGUCCUGUCUGCCGUUUUUGCUUUCGUAACAAAAACUUACGGAGCAACCGCCAGCUCAGUAAUUUGACUGAAAUUGCUAAACUACUGCAGGUCAGAAGGAGCAAGAGAAAAAGGCAGGAAGAAUAUUCCGUGUGUGAGAAACACAAUCAGUUUCUGACCCUUUUUUGCGGGAAGGACCUAGAGGUUUUAUGUACACAGUGCAGCCUCUCUGUUCAACACCAGAAACACUACAUUUGCCCCAUUAAGAAAGCUGCCUCUUAUCACCGGAAAAUUCUAGAAUAUAGCAUUGAGCCCUUGCAGAACAAUGUGGAACGAGUUGAAAAAGUGAUUUCUCUGCAAGCCAGCAAAAUUGUGGAACUGAAAAAGAAGGUAGAGUAUAGGAGAGAAGAAAUCAUUUCUGAAUUUGAGCAACUUCGACUGUUUCUGCAAAAUCAGCAAGAGGCUCUUCUUAGGCAGAUGAAAGAUGAAGAGAUGGACAUUUUAACGAAACUAAAUGCCAACCGUAUAACAUUUUCAGAUCAUGUUUCCACAUUAAAACAUCUGCUGAAGGAGGUAGAGUGCAAGUGUGGGCAAUCGGAACUGGAAUUACUGACACAUGUUAAAGGUAUCUACCACAGGUAUCAAAACCUAAAACGUCCUGAGCUCUUUUUAUUCCGAUUAAAGAAAUACGGACUUAGCCUUCCUCCACAAUACUCUGGCUUGGGCAAAAUUAUCAAGCCAUUUCAAGUAGAUGUGAUUCUAGAUCUUGAAACAGCACACCCUCGGCUUAUUGUCUCUGAGGAUAGAAAAACUGUGCAUUAUGGAAAGAGAAGAAAAUACCUUUGUUAUAACCCAAGGAGAUUUUACCUCUGCCCUGCUGUCCUGGGUUCUAAGAGAUUUAGUUCUGGCCGGCAUUACUGGGAGGUCAUAGUGGGAAACAAGCCUAAGUGGACCUUGGGAGUGUGUCAAGACUGUUUUCCUAGGAAUUGGAGGAAUCAGCCAGUAGCUGAGGGUGGGUUCUGGGCAAUUGGGAGAUAUAUUGAAAGCAUUUAUGUUAUGUUGGGUCCUAAGAGAAGCCAGCUUCUGCCCACAGUAAGACCCACUAAGAUUGGCAUUUUUUUGGACUAUGAGUUGGGUGAGGUUUCCUUUUACAAUAUGAAUGAUAGAUCUCUUCUCUAUACUUUUAAUGAUUCUUUUACAGAAGCUGUUUGUCCCUAUUUCUAUGUUGGAAUAGAUUCUGAACCUCUUAAAAUCUCUUCAGUAACAGAUGAUGAAAGAUGA